AUGUCAGAAUCUCCAAAGUCUGAUGAGGAGUGUAAAAUCAAGACGCAAUUCUUAGAAUCCGAUGAAGUUAACCAAUCUGGUGAAGUCAACAAAUUUGAUGAAAUUAACAAAUUUGAUGAAGCUAACACUGCUACACAAAAAAUAUCAG